CAUUUAGAUACUUGAGGCACUGGCUGAUAUAAGCAGUCUUAGUGAAAAGAUUAUGUUUUUACUUUUCACACCCAGCUAUUAAAACACCAUUAAUAUUUCAUGGAUUACACUCAGUUUGCUAAUGAGGCUUAAAAAAUGUUGACUCUUCAAUAUUUCAAAUUCUUCUUCUUUUGAUUAGCUGAGCAUCUCGAAAAUCCUAAACUAGGCUUCCAAUUGAUGCAUUAUGGGAGAUUUUAAACGGACAGAACGGGUUCUUCUAUCGGUUGCUGGCAGCAACAUAUCCGGCUAUGAAGCACUCUAUCGACAGUUUGACAAAUUUGGUUCAGGUCACAUUGGAGCAACUGAUGCUGCUGUUUUUCUAAAGCGGUCUGGACUGAAGGAGUCUACAUUGCACAAAAUAUGGGAGCUAUCAGAUCCUGGUGGCAGAGGCUACUUAGAUAAACAAGCUAUUUUUGUGGCUUUGAAACUAAUUGCUCUUGCUCAAAAUGGCAAAGAUGUCUCAAUGGCAAGUAUCACUACUCCAGUACCACUACCCUCUAUGGCUAAUUACCCAGCCCAGGCCCCAAGAACAUCAACCCCUCCUGCUUCAAGCUCACCGGAACCAUGGGCAAUUAAGCCCGAUGAGAAGGUAAAUUAUGACCACACUUUUCAAAGUCUUGGACCAAUAGAUGGCAAGUUAUCAGGAGACAUGGUGAAACCUGUUUUAAUGAACUCAAAACUUCCUUUAGAGACACUUAGUAAGAUAUGGGAUCUUAGUGAUAUUGAUAAAGAUGGGUUGUUAGACAAAGAAGAAUUUGCUGUCGCAAUGCAUUUGGUGAGAAGGGCAAUGGAGAAUGAGCAACCACCAGCUGCCUUGACACCUAAUCUGGUGCCACCAUCAAGGAGGAAGAAACCUCUAAUGGCUGGAGCUGUUCCAGUAUUUCCUGCUCCCAUUAACAUCAUGCUGAAGAAAACUAAUCUAUCUCCACAGUUAUCACCUACUUCAUCACCAUCACUUCCAGUUAAACAAACAAAUCCUCUCAUCACACACACUCCAAGUUCAUGGGUAGUAACAGCUCAAGACAAGACCAAUUCGGAUGCGGUGUUCAAACGGAUUGAUAGUGAUGUUGAUGGGUAUGUGACAGGAGAGGAAGUUCGGGAUACACUAAUACAGUCAGGACUACCGCAGACUGUUUUAGCACAAAUAUGGAAUCUUUGUGAUAUCAAACAAACAGGAAAGUUAAACUCUGAACAGUUUGCAUUAGCCAUGUAUUUAGUACAAGAGUCUAAACAGGGCAAACCUGUUCCAGAGCACCUUACUUCUGAGAUGAUGCCGCCAUCGUCAAGACCAAAACCGGGAUCGGAGUCAGCUAUGCUCACAGAUCUUGGAUUAUCAGGAGCUGUUGGAGUUGACUUCAAUGCUAUUAAAGAGUUAGACGAUAUCCAAAAAGAAAUUGAUGACUGCAACAAAGAAAAAUUAAGUUUGAAGGCAGAAAUCAAGGAACAAGAAGAACAAGUGAAAAUGAAAACUCUGGAAAUACAGUCAUUGCAAUCAGAACUUGAUAGAACGUCAACACAAGUAAAACAACUUGAAGAUCAAAAAGGAGAAGCACAGAAGAAGCUGGAUGAGUUAGACCAACAGAAGGACAAAUUAGAAGGAUUAUUAAAAGAAGUGAAGCAGCAAUAUGAUGAAGCCAAAAAAAAUCUUGAAGACUUAAAAUUAGAAAUAGCAACCCAAGAAAAAUCAGUCAAGAACCAAGAGGAAGAAGUGAACCGAGCUCGUAUUGAUUUGAGCAAUUUAAGACAAGAGGAGAACCAAUUAGAACAACAAAUUGAACAGGGCAAAGGUCAAGUUGAUAUGUUGAAUCAGACAUUAAAGACAACAAAUCAAGAUAUACAACAGGUCCAAACAAAAAUAAAUAUAUUAAAAGAAAGUCAAAAUAAACUGAAUAACAGCAUCACCCAGAUAAACAAUGCCAUCGAUUCUGGAACCACCGCUGAAAUACUAGCAGUACAUGAACUUGAUAAGAUGGCACUGUCUCAAGAUCUUGAUGUAAUGAGUGUUAGACCUCAGCCUGGAGGAAGUCCAGGAAGCAGCAUAACAAGUGGGUUCAGUAUGAAUUCAGAAGUAACAGGUAAAAUGGAGGAUUUUGGUGAGGAUGAUCCGUUUAAAAAUAAAGAUCUUUUUAGUGGUCGCUAUGGUGGGUCAGUCACACCAGAUCCUUUCAAAACAACAGAUCCUUUUAAAGAAGAUCCAUUUAAAGGUGAUUCAUUUCCAGCAGAUCCAUUUGCUGGUGAUCCAUUUGGAUCAAGUUCAGAUCCUUUUGGUUCUCAGUCAUCAACUGUCCAGAGUGACCCUUUUCAAUCAGAUCCAUUCUCUUCGACGUCAUCAUCUCUUGUUAAUGGCCAGUCUGAGAGUAAAUCUUCUAGUAAUGUAUUUGGUGCCUUAGAUGCAUUUGGGGGAAGCACCUUUUCUGCAGAUUUCUCAAAUCAAAAUUCUAAAUCAGAAUCAUUUUCCAGCGAUCCAUUUAAAACCUCAGAAGAAAGACCUGCAUUACCACCCAAGAAACAGCACUCCAAAUCCAAAGCUCAAGCUUUUCAAGCAUUCACCAGCGACUCAAAUGACCCAUUCACAUCCAGUAGUAUUUCAAAGGAUCCUUUUGCAUCAGUUGGAUCAGAUCCUUUCUCAUCCCUCAUAUCAUCUACUAGUAGUAGUGGUAAUUCAAAGGAUCCAUUUUCAUCUGGUAACAGUUCACAAGAUCCAUUCUCUUUGGGAACAUCGUCAUCUCAGGAUCCAUUCUCUUCAUCAUCAAAUGAUCCUUUUAUUUCUUCAACUGGUUCUCUUCCAAAAUCUGGUGAUCCUUUUGGACCAUCUGGUGCUCCAGUAGAUAAAUCAGGAGGUGAUCCUUUUGCAGGAUUUGCUGAUUUUGGCAAGUUUGAUACAAAUAUGACUGAAGAAGAACAACUUGAGUGGGCCAAGAAAGAAAGUGAACAACUUGAAAAGGAUAGACAAUCAUCUGCACUGAAAGAAGAGGAGGAAUUAAAGAUCGCCCUCGCUCUAAGUAAGACAGAAGUUGGAUCAUCAGAAGUCUAACAUCAGAAAAAAGAAUCAAUGAAUUGUGCUCCGCUUCCUCUUGACAAUCCUAAAGUCUCACAUGUUAUUAGUAUCUAGAACUACAAUCCAAUAGUGUGCUUAUAAAAAUUUAAGUGAUUAAAAUUAAAACAUAAAAAAAUGUCACUAAUGCAAGGCACACAGAGCAUAGAUACUAAGUGCAGUGAUGCGUAAUGGUUUGUUUUAGAUGUCCUUUGUUUUUGCUGGAAGAAAACAAAGCACUGAUGGUUAUGAAGAAAAGGAUGGUGAUGCAUUUUUGUUUUAGAUGAACCCAGGAUAUUGCAAAUUCUUGGAUAAACAAAACCUUUCUUUCUGCACCCAUCUGUCUUGUGUCUUUUUUGCUGGUGAAAAUUAGAUAGGGUAUUUGCUAUUGUAAUUAAAAAACAAUUAAUCUACAGUAUUUGCUUAAAACAAAGCUUAUGUGGCUAGUUCACUGUUUAAACACUCCAUGUAAAUUUUGGUCCAAGUUCUAAAUCACUUGUUUAAUUUUCUUAUUGUAAAGUAAUGUAGUUUAAUUUUAUAACUAAGUUCAUGUAAGUAAAAUACUGCAUUAUGUUGCAAGAGUCAAUAUUUGUAAAUUGUCAUUUGAAGGAUUUAGAACCUUAGUACUGUAUUAACAUACUUUUCUUUCUCAGUAUGAGGGAAAAUUAUUUAGGAUUUCUAAAGUGGGUCAUAAAACAAUGAUGAAACUGUUAUACCAGACUUGAUUGGAUAAUAAAAGAGACUGUUAUGCCCAAUAUUGAUUGGUUAAUAAAACCAUUAUACAUUUCAUUUAAUGAUAAACAUAUUAUGCACCUAUUUGAUUGGAUGAUAAAGGUGUUAUAUUCAAUUUUCAAUUGAAUAAGUACACUAUUGUGCUCCUUUUUGAUUUGUUAUAAGACAGUUAUAUUGAUUAAUAAUUAGAUAAUUUUGCCAUAUAUUUCCCACCGUAUAUUAUAGUGUACCUGUUGUUAGGGUGACUAUAGAUUUGAAUUCCCAACUUCAUAUAAGGUUAAUAAGAAUUAUAUAAAAUUAUGUUAUAGGAUUAUUAUCAAAAAACAUGUUAUAUUUUCAUUGCGGUUUUUUUGGGCUCAGUACGGACUCUAAACGUAUGCAUUUUCUUUUAGUUUUAAGGCGUAUGCGGAUUUUAUAAGUCCGCAAUGACGAUAUAACAUGUUAAAAUCAGAAUCAGUGAGAAAAGUUACUUUUUUGGUUCCAGAUAUAUUGUUUGUUAAACCAAAAUUAUUAGUGAAAUUUAAAAUAGUGUAUAUGGCACAAAACUGUAAUUGUAAUAGGCCAACAAAAAUUAGGAUUUUUUGUUUGCUGAAAGGUUUCAAAUUAAUUAUGAUUUCAAAAAGCAAGACAACAAUUUUAAAUAUUGUUGUAGAAAACCAGCUUGAUACUGCCAAGUAACCUGACAUUUAAGUAAAUUGAAACUUAAAGUGUCAUGAACACUUGUAUAUUAUUGUAUCUGACUCUGCAAUAUAAAAAAAGCAGUGAAUUUUAACUGUAUUUACAUUUUCUGGAUAAGCAGGUGUAAAUUUUUCAUGAAUAAGGACUAAAGAAACUUAAGAAUGUUUUUGAGUAAGUGGCUUAUUGUAAUUGGCAAACAUUUUUUAUGGCUACAAUUUAUUGAGAUGACCAGUGAUUACUAGUAAUAGUUUUUACCAGGUUUAACAGUAUUUACUACAAGUAUUGACUAGUGUCUACCAAGUAUAAAAGUAUAUACUAGCAGUGUUUAAGCUGUCAUUCGCCAAAUAGCCAAAUCCUAAUAAAAACAGAAUUUUGCUAAAUAUUUUCAUUCAAAAUUAGCCAAAAAGCUAAUGGAAUUGAAAAUAUUAUUGCUUAUAUUCAUUUGUUUUGCCUAAUCAAGUUUCUGUUUGGCUAAUUAUUUUCAUACCAAAUUAGCCAAAUUGCAAAAUAUUAUUUUUGGCCAGCUUAAACCCUGUACUAGUGUUGACUAACAGUCUACUAGUGUUUACCAGGUAUAAUGUAUUUGCUGGUGUUGACUAGUUAUUACCAGAUUUAAUGGUAUUUACUAGUGCUGGUUAGUGUAUAACAAUAUUUACUAAUGUUUACAAGUAUCUACCAGGUUUAACAGUAUUUACAAGAGUUGACUAGUGUUUACUGGGUUUACAAUAUCUACUAGUGUUUACAAGAGUGUCCAAAAUGUUUAACAGUAUUUACUAUUUACUUUAACAUACCAAACUUGUCAUUAAUUUUGCCUUUUUUGCUAUUCUUAAAGUUUUUGAAAAUACAGAAUUGACAGCUUUUUAAUGCCACGUAUUCCAGUCACAAGAUACAGUACAAGGAAUCGUUUACUGUACAAAGGGGUUAGUUUUUUCUGGGUGCAUAAAUUUUGCAAAGUACUGUUUUUCAGAUUUGUCUACAAUACAGGUUGAUGAAAUACACUAGAAAGGAAAUUCUCAAUUAAGACAUGUCUAUUGCUUGAUGGAUAAACAAAUUGAAAUAGGCCUGAACAUGAAAUUUAUACUACAAUGUCUACUCAAUACAACUCAAAGUGUUAUAAAAAAAAAUGCUUAAAAUUAGGUCAUACAUGCAAUAAGCUACAGGUAUUUAACAUUUUAUUAUUAGUAUUAUUAUUGUUGUUUGUUUUUGUUAUUACCGUAUUUUCAUUAUACAAAUUAUUGCACUAUUAUAAUUAUUAUUUGUUAUUAUUUUCAUUAUAUACAAUAUUGCACUAUUAUUUUUAUUAUAAGAAAUAUUAUUAUUAUUUUUAUUAUAUUUACUAUUUUAGUGAAGCCAAGCUAAGAAGCUGUAGGCAGUCUAAAAGGAAUAAGAGAUCAACCACAUGAUAAAAAUUGGUGCAUUAUUGAAUCCUCUGUAUAAUAUGUUUAUUUGUAAAUUAUUUUUACUGAAUUCAAUGUUUUUGUUUCGUUAAAAACUUCAGGGAUUUCGGAAAUUCAUUCUUCACUGAGUAUCUGCACUGUAUUUAAUGCAUUUCUGAGGACAGGGAAAUCAAUCUUAUUGUGAUCAUGUUGACAAACUUAACAGUAAAUAUAUAUUAAGAUUUGUGAUUGAAGCAUGAACUAAUACUGUAGCACCGUAACUGAAGCAUGGGGCUAAUGGUACCGUGACUAAAGGAUGGAGCUAAUGGCACUGCGACUGAAGAAUGGAUGUAAUGGCACCGUGGCAGAAGCAUGGAGCUAAUGGUGGAGCAUUGCUCUAAUAGCACAGCGACAAGCAUGCAGCUAAUGGUUCUAAAACUGAAGCAUGGCAUUAAUGGUACCGUGACUGAAGUAUGGAGCCAAUGGCACCAUGACUAAAGCUUGGUGCUAAUGGUACCGUGACUGAAGCAUGGUGCUAAUGGUACCAUGACUAAAGCAUGGUGCUAAAUAGUACCGUGGCUAAAGCAUGGCAUUAAUGGUACCACGACUGAAGCAUGGUGCUAAUAGUACUGUGAUUGAAGAAUGAGCUAAUGGCACCAUGACUGAAGUAUGGACCUAGUAUCACCGUAAAAGAUGCAUGGCACUAAUACUGACCCUUAAAUCAGAUAGUACCGUGACUGAACCUAAGUUCUAACAGUACCAUAGCCAACAGCACUGACUGAACCUUAGAUCUCGUAGCACUGUGAUCGAUUACUUUUAAGCUCACGUCAUGCUUGUAACUGACAGCUUUUUUACACACUGAUUAUUUAUUUCAAAAUGCUUCACUGAACCAAGACAAGUGGUGUCUGAACAUUGUAUAUUGUUCCAUUAAAUGUAUACAAUUAAAUGCA